GAAAGGCGGCGGAGCGGGGCCGGAGUCACUCCGGAACGGCGGCGGAACGGCGCGGAGCGGGGCUGCAGACACUGUCCGGGCUGGACUCCGCGCCGGGGCCGCCAAUGUGCCUCGGGGAGCAAGCGCUCACCUUCCCCUUCGGGGUUGUGGUUGCACUUUGCCAGAAGGGACCUGCUGCGAAGACCAUGCGGUGAAGCCGAGCGCCGGACCUGGGACCGCUGCUGUGCACUCACCCCCCGUCCCUUCAGCCUGGAGGGAUUGCCCGGGACUGCAAAGGGAAAUAACAACCUGGCCAGGAGCCUCGCGUUCCUUGCGUGUUCCUGGGAGACCUUCUUCUUCUUCUUCGCCGGCGCUGCCCGGCCCCACUCCCCGCCGCAGCCUGCAGCUGCCUGAACGCUACUCGCGAUAAACCCUGUGCAGAAAAGGGGCUUGAUUUUUUGUUUCCCCCGUCACCUCCAGACCCGGAGAGUCGCGGCCGAAGGAAAGCGCUUCUUCUGCCCCCCACCACCCCCGCCAUCCCGCGGGCACGGAGGGGUCUGGCUCCGCCGAGGAGCGAGCUGGGGAAAGGCUGAAUGCCGGCCCCCGAGAGAGGAAGGCUGCGGCAGGCAGCCCAGCUGGAUUUUCCUCCCCUCGCCGACGAGUAGGACGUGGAGAUCGGGCGACGAGGGCUUUGCAGGGACGAGGAGUGUAUCCCGCCUGCUAGCCCCCACCCCGCGGGGCUGGGGAGAGCGCGGAGCCGGGCCCGCAGCCCCCCGCCCCCCUGCCCUGCGGGGCUGCCGCCUCCUGCCCGCUGGAUUUGCCAUUGGUGGCGAUUCCUUGAAAGAAGGUUUCAGAUGCAUGCCAGGUUCCCACUGAAUGCCAGAAGUGGAGAUCACUACAGAUGGAGCCCCAAAGUCCACAUGGCAGCGGUGGUUCACUAGCAGUGGUGAUUCAACAGCCCUCUUUGGACAGCCGGCAGCGAUUGGACUAUGAAAGAGAGAGCCAGCCAACCACUAUCUUGUCACUGGACCAGAUCAAGGCCAUCAGGGGUAGCAACGAAUACACCGAAGGUCCAUCUGUGGUGAAAAAACCCGGGCCGCGGACAGCACCAAGGCAGGAGAAGCAUGAAAGGACUCACGAAAUCAUACCAAUUAAUGUGAAUAAUAACUACGAACACAGACCCAGCCACGUGGGGCAUGUGGCACAUCAGCAUAACACGAGGGCUCCCGUCCUGAGCAGAUCCACCAGCACGGGGAGCGCCGCCAGCUCCGGGAGCAGCAGCAGCGCGUCCUCUGAGCAGGGGCUGCUGGGGCGGUCGCCCCCGUCCCGGCCGGGCUCCGGCCACAGGUCCGAGCGGACAGUCCGGACGCAGCCCAAGCAGUCGUCCCUGGUUGCAGAUGAUCUGAAGGGUCCUUUGAAAGAGGACCCGACGCAGCACAAGUUCAUCUGUGAACAGUGUGGGAAGUGCAAGUGCGGGGAGUGCACGGCCCCGCGGGCGCUGCCCUCCUGCCUGGCCUGCAACCGGCAGUGCCUCUGCUCGGCGGAGAGCAUGGUGGAGUACGGCACCUGCAUGUGCUUGGUCAAAGGGAUCUUCUACCACUGCUCCAACGACGAUGAAGGGGACUCUUACGCGGAUAAUCCCUGCUCCUGCUCCCAGUCACACUGCUGUUCUAGGUACCUGUGCAUGGGAGCCAUGUCCUUGCUUCUGCCUUGCCUGCUCUGCUACCCUCCUGCCAAGGGAUGCCUGAAGCUCUGCCGGGGCUGUUACGACCGCGUCCAUCGUCCGGGCUGCAGGUGUAAGAACUCAAACACGGUCUAUUGUAAACUGGAGAGCUGCCCCUCCCGGGGUCAGGGCAAGCCCUCAUGAUUUUUGGAGGGAGGUUUACUUCCUCCAACUUCAGUUUUUCAGGUUGUAGCUGAUUAUUUUCUUGUUCUGUUUUUUUCUCCUCUCCCCCGUUUCUGGAGGAGGCUGUUCUUGUGCUUUCCUUUCUUUCUCCCUCAACUUCACACACAUAAGUUCUUCCUGUUGCAUCUUUGCUUUCCUACUGACUCGGAUGAGUGUGGAGUGUUUUAUGUAGCUGUUGCUGCUCUUUGGUAAGUGUGGACCUGGUAUCUGCACCUGCCACUCCCCUAGGCAGGGUCUUUUGAGUCUGUAACUGAACCACUCCUCAAAGAGGCCGUGAGAGCUUGCUGGGCUCUUGCAGCUUCUUGCUCUGUGGAUAUCUUCCCAAAGAUGUUUUUCUUCCUCAGCAAUUUUAUUUUUGUUUUUUCUUAACCCUCCGGGUACCAAGGAAGAGUAACUUUCAUGACUGAGCUGGAUUGUGAAAUAACAUCCUGUCUGUGUUCUUUCUGGAGAGGGAUGUAAAAUAAAGGCUUUACCAAUUGAAAGGCCUGACUCUUCUAUAAGCAGCCACCUUUUUUGUGUGUGUGUAUUUUUUAUUUUUCCCCUGCUCUUCUGUUUUCUCUUUUUUUCUUAUGGAACAUUCUCAGUCCUGAGAAUUACCCUGCCUCUUUUUUUUCUUUUUUUUAUUUUCAGUGUAACUUCAGUUUUUGCUAUGGUAUGUAGAUCUUCACAUUGGAGACAUUAUGGCUGCAACAUACUCACUUGUUUCUUUGUCUGUCAGCUCUUUGAAGGAUAUUGCUCACUCCACCCUCCUGCUCCUGUUUUUAUAGUCUAUCAGUAUCAGUUGGUAUUAAAGCUGGUGGUGUUCAAAUAUCCAAACCGCCUUUGGGUGUCAUUGAGUCACCUAAACGUUCUUGAAUCCUUGAACUUUCUUGUGGUCCUUUGGUUUAGUGAAUUUAGCUCUGCUCUGUACUUUAUAAUUUUAUUCUGUCCCUGUUUUAUUGCCUUAGCCACAAAUUGUGGUCCUUUUUGUAUAUUUUAUGUAUAAACCACAAAGUUGAAUCCCAACUAUUUUUAAGACAAAAGUCUGUUAAAACUUUUUUUAUUGUAAAGAAUAUUUAUUAUGUGAAUCUCUAUUAUUUUAUGAUAUUUAUUGCAAAAGACUUUGAAAAUGUACUCAUGUCUGAAUAUAACAAAAUAUCAAUACUUAACGAAAUAAGGAUGACACGAAGAAAGUACAUAUGUUAACUAUAAUGCAGAAAAUAUAUUAAUUAAUGAAAA